CAGUAGUACUACCAGAGCGCAGAGAGGGGAAGCAGCGAACGAGGCGAUGCGACGGCGGAGUACCAGACCACCGCCCAACUGCACCGCCGCCACAGCCGGAGAGACCCGCCGGAACCCUAGAUGCAUCCGCAGAGCCCCCAAUGCCGCCUGACGAGCUGGCCUGACUUCUGGUUCGCCGACAAUACCCUCAAGCAUGUGGUGCUGAAGAUGCAGCUCGGAAACAAAACCCCAACCCUAGAUCCCUCCCCCCCGACGCCGGCGGCGGCGGCCGGCCCUGACCUCACUGCUCUCCUCUCCGACGAGCUCCUCCUCCGCAUCCUCGGUGCCCUCCCCGACCCCCUCCACAGCCACGCCUCCCUCGUCUGCAAGCGAUGGCUCCGCCUUCUUGGUCGCCUCCGUCGCUCCCUCACCCUCCUCGACUGGUCCUUCCUCCACCGCCGCCUCCCCCUCCGCUUCCCCGACCUUACUGAGGUCGACCUCGUCCCCGCCUCUUUCGCCUCCCCUUCCUCCAUCGCCACCGCCGGUGUCCUCCUCACGCGUGGCCCGGUGUCCGUCCGCAUAGACCCCCACGCGGAGCCCCCCAUCGGCGAGUGCCGCUUCCUCCCGACGGACGUCAUCGACCGCGGGCUUGAGGCUCUCGCCCGCGGCUGCUCGGGCCUCCGGAAGCUCGCGCUUGUGGCCGCCGCCUCCGAGGUCAGCCUCGUGACCCUCGCCGUCCAGUGCGCCACCCUUCAGGAGCUGGAGCUCCACCGCUGCACCGAUCUCGCCCUCCGCCCCAUCUCCGCCUUCGAGAACCUGCAGAUCUUGCGGCUGGUGGGGUCCGUGGAGGGCCUCUACGGUGGGCCCGGGGUCACCGACAUCGGGCUUACCAUCCUGGCCAACGGGUGCAAGCGGCUCGUGAAGCUGGAGCUAAGCGGGUGCGAGGGAAGCUAUGAUGGGAUCUCGGCAAUCGGGCGCUGCUGCCUGAUGCUGGAGGAGCUGACGAUCUGCGAUCACCGGAUGGAUGGCGGGUGGCUGGCCGCGCUGCCCUUCUGUGAGAACCUCAAGACUUUGAGGUUGCAGAGCUGCAAGAAGAUUGACACUGAUCCGGGGCCCAAGGAGCACCUGGGGUCGUGCCCGACGAUUGAGCGACUGCAGUUGCAGCGGUGCCAGCUGCGGAACAAGAUAAGCUUGCACGCGCUGUUUAUGGUGUGUGUUUCCGUCAGGGAGAUCAUGUUUCAAGAUUGCUGGGGACUGGACGACGACAUGUUCAGGAUUGCGAGCAUCUGCAGGUGGGUGAAGUUUCUAUCAUUGGAGGGAUGCUCUUCGUUAACUACAGAAUGUCUGGAGUCAGUAGUCUUGUCUUGGAAAGAUUUGCAAAGACUUACAGUCGUUUCAUGCAAUAAAGUGAAGGAUGAUGAAGUCUCCCCUGCCCUAGCAAGCUUAUUCUCUGUCCUCAAAGAGUUGAAGUGGAGGCCUGAUUCUAAAUCCGUCCUUGCCAUGAGCCUUGCUGGGACAGGAAUGGGAAAGAAGGGUGCUCGAUUUUUCAGAAAGCGACUGCAGGCACGACACCAUUCAAAAGGAAAGGCAGGAGAAAAUCCAUGAAAAAAGAGCAAGCAAUGGAUACGACGGUCCCUGACUGUGGUGCUGAUACACCAAUUUUUUCAUUGUACCUUCUGAUAUGCAAAAAGGGCAUAAUAUUUUGUCUUUGCACGCCACUAUCUGGACCAUGAUAUUUUGUGCUUUUUGCAUGCGUAUCAGCUGCUUAGCAUGUUCUUUGACAGGGGGCAAUGCUCCUCUAUCACUUAGGCUAAGUUUAAUGGAGAAGGACCAUUUCAAGCCCCCAUCACUUACGAAGGGGCGGUUCAUGAGAGAACUCACAAUUUCAAACAUGCUUUUCAACAUGCCUCCUUUUACUUGCGGAGCAACUUUGAUUCCUGAGGCAUCCAAUUUACAUCUCUGCAAUAAUAUCAUGCUAUCUUUUGAAAUGAAAAGAGAACAUCUGCAGCAUCCCGACUGCUCCAUGCUCGGUUUUUGUGGAUGCUGGUUUUUGUUACUAACACGUCUAUUGUUUAUCGAAUGGAUGAACAGUGUUUUUGUUACCUUUCUUAUGAAAACCUAUCUCUGGAUGCCAAGAGGGAAAAACUAAUGGAUGAAAAGAAAUACAGAGAAUUUUGUAUA